AACCAUAAGAUCUUACUGCGACGGAUCUGAUCUCCGGGCCGAAGUCUGGGGUAGCCAAAUACUAAAAUUGUGCCUGACAUCAUUAGUUUCAGCCUUUGGACUAUACAGGGUAAUGUCGAUUUUCGCCAUUCUCAUUCGCUGCAUCGACUGGCUCGGAUGAACUUCCGAACCACGUAAUGACACUGUUGACUUACCUGGUGGUGGACAUGUACUAGUACCUCACCUCGUGAUUGAUCAUGAUGAUGGUAUGAUAAAGGAUCAUGACUUUCUUUUGUCCCUCUGCCUCACUCCUCAAACAUGGUUCCCGUUGCAUCUAACUUGGGUCGACAGCUUCCUCGUCUUCAAGUCCUCUGUCGAAGCGUUCGAGCUCAGUCGACUAUCGGCAGCCUGAGUGCAGUUCCGGUUGUUUUCCGACCUCAUCUCGGACGAGCGUCACUCACAAGACCACUCACCAACAGAAGUACCACCCGGAAUUUCACCACCUCACGAACUACCAUGUCUAUCGACGUGGAGCAUUACAUAAGGACCAACGGCAAAAAUGACCCGGUCUGGAUCCACAAGGACCCGUACCACAAUCGUCCCGAGUUUCCUCAACUGAACAAAGAUCUCGAGACUGAUGUCUGUAUCAUUGGAGCUGGUAUCUCAGGUAUCUCCCUCGCUGAACAGCUUGUCAGACGCGGCGUUCAGGUUGUCAUGAUCGAGGCGAGAGACGUGCUUUCAGGAGAGACUGGUCGUACCUCAGGACACUUGGCCUCAGAUCUUGACGACGGCUACACGGAGAUUGCGAAGAAGUUUGGCAAAGAUGGUGCCAAAAUUGCCGCCGAGUCGCAUGACUGGGCGUUGCAAUAUGUCGGACAACUAUCCAAGGAAUUGGGAAUCGAGUGCGAGUACCGAAUCCUGAAGGGUUACAACGUCUCGCAGUACGUCAAGGGCACCAAGGAGCACGAUGAAGAAUGUCAAGAACUGAAAGAGGAAUGCGAGAUGGCAUCACAAUUGGGACUGGACGCGAAAUUCGUCGAGGGAUUCAAGGUCCCAGGCUGGGAUGGGAAGCCGGACCAGCGCGAUGCCGCGGUUUUUGGAAGACAAGCUACGUUCCACCCAACCAAAUACCUCAACGGUGUUCUAAACUGGUUGAAGAGACAGUCCAACUUCCAAUGCUACACCCGCACACGCAUGCGAGGAAACACAGAAAAGGGCGUCACGGUGCCAGUAGUCGACGUUCACUUGGGUUCGAGAGGUGUCAAGGUCGAGACGGAAAACGGUCACACGAUCACAUGCAACCACUCCGUCGAAACGACUUGCGUGCCGCUCCAGAAGUUGAGCUUGAUUGCCGAGAUGGAGUACGACCGCACGUACUGCAUUGCCAUCCGCGUUCCCAAAGGCUCCGUCGAGGAUUGUCUGCUGUACGACAACGCCGAGGCAUACAAGUACGUCCGGAUGACCGAGUGUGACAACGAGUGGGAUUACAUGGUCGUCGGAGGAUGCGAUCACAAGGUUGGCAAGGAGAACGAGCAGGAUGAGCGGUAUCAAGAGCUCGAGACGUGGGUCAGAGAGCGCUUCACCAAGGCUGGUUCUGUCGAUUACAAAUGGUCCGGCCAGAUCUUCGAGCCGGAGGAUUACAUGGCGUUCAUUGGACGCAAGUCCGGAUGUCAAAACGUGUAUGUUGUCACAGGUGACUCAGGCAAUGGCCUCACUCAUGGUGUGAUUGCUGGGAGGUUGCUCGCGGAUGAGAUCACGGGCGUGGACAAUCCAUGGGAGAAGGUAUACGAUCCCAAAAACCGAAACUUGACGCUCUUGAGUAAGGCGCCGGGUAUCUUGCAGCAUGAUCUGGACAUCAACAAGGAGUACAAGCGCUUCUUGAAGUCGGAUAUCCAGGACGUGGAGGACCUGGGUCUGGAUCAGGGCGGUGUUUUGAACCCGACGACCAAGCUUCCGCAGGCGGUGUACAAGGACAAGAACGGCAAGAUUCACAGAAUGAGCGCGCUGUGCCCCCAUCUGGGUGGUGUGGUGUGCUGGAAUCACGAUGAGAAGAGUUGGGAUUGUCCGGUCCAUGGAAGUCGAUUUGCGGCGGAUGGUGCUCAGCUUUGCGGACCUUCGAACAGAGGGUUGAAACCGAUUGAGAUUGGUCAUGAGCGCGGCUAGAGUGGUGCCGGUACAUUUGCUUGUGACGUGAAGAGCAGAUUGUUGAGCAUCGCAGUACGAGUCAGGCGCUUUGCAUUCAGAAGAGCUCUUCGUUCGAAAGGUCGCUAAGCGAUCGGAAGAAGUCUCUUCGAUAUGAGACUGUAAUGAUAGGCAGACAAAAUAGCGUUGGAGACAAAGCAAAUUCGCGGAGCGCACGUGUUUCAAUUGACCAAUGACCGGGUGUGUGAUAC